AUGGGCUUGCUCAUGGCAGCAUGUUGGGCAUUGAGCGUUCCGCCUUGGGCUCGUGUGGAGUUGAUUGUCGAUUCUGAGUUCUCCCAAGGUUGCGCCUUGGGCACCAUUGCCUUGAGCAGCAGUCACGACGAUGAUCCGGCGAAACUUGUGCGUAAAAUUGUGCAAAUCCAUGAACAUAAGCAUACAUUGCUUGAGAUUUGCUGGACACGCGGUCAUGCGGGUGAUUUUGGCAAUGAGCUUGCCGACAGGGUCGCGGACUUUUUCCAGCAUGCCAGGGGCCCAUGUUGCCAGGCUCCGCGAAGUGUGAUUAGGCUGCUUGCUCAUCCUCUACUUGAUUGGGCUUGGGCCGCUGGCCGCAAAGUGCAAGGUUUGCCUGAUCUUGCACAACUCGCAGAGGGGAAUUACGAAGUCCGGGACUUUCUGCCACUUGAGUGCGCUGAAGCGGUAUGUGCUGACGUGAACAAGCGGGUGCAAAGCCGUCGGGAGACAGUCAGGCUCCGUAUUUGUACUGCCAAUGUGUGUACGUUGAAGCAUAAAGGUGCGAUGCUACGCAAACAACUUCAGCGAGAGAAAGUGCACAUUUUUGCGUUGCAAGAAACUCGAUUGGCGAAUGAUGCGGAGUACUUGUUAGAUGGUUGGUUAGUGGUGCAAUCGGCGGCGCUCAAAGGCAAGGAUGGAUGUGCCUUUUGGGUGAAUGCACCUGCUAUCGCUGAUGAGCUUGAGCUCUUUGGAGGGUUUGGUAAUGAAGCUGUGACCGUGCUGCAAGCCAGGCCUGACUGGUUGGUUAUCCGGCUGAAGGUUGCUGGGAUCGACCUAGUUCUGAUAACCUACCAUGCGCCGCACUCGCUGCUGCCUGAAAGUGUGAUACGUGCAUGGUGGAGGCAAGCGCAUCAGGACAUCGUUAGAGUUGAGGGUGUUGCACCCUUGCUCUUCCUGGGCGAUGCAAAUGCUACUGUAUCGAGGCACGACAGAGAAGUUGUCGGGUCGCUGGCGGAAGAGCGAGCCGACAUCGCAGGAGAGUGUCUCGUGGGCAUCUGCAGUCGAUUUCGCUUAGCUUUGUUCAAUACCUACCCCAGUCAAGAUUUUCCAGAGUCGCUGCAAAAGACCUGGAAGCAUAAGUGUAUUGAUUACGUUGCGGCCCCUUGCGCUUGGCAUGGACUCGUUGAAGCUUGCAAGGUUGACGUUGAUCUUUGCAACGCGCAUGAGGAUCAUGAAGCUUUGUGCGUCCUUGCUUGUAUACCUUGUGCGGGCUGUGUGAGUGUCACCGCAGAAACACGUUCCAUCAGGAAGCAUGGCAAGGCAACGGACUGGGAAAGCAACGUUCACCUUCAUGCAGAAACAUUGUUCGCCCGUGCGCGUCAACAACAAAAGAGGCAGCUUGCUGCGGACAAGCGAGAGUACAUCAGCAAUUUAGGCAAUCAGGUCAAGGGCGAAGCAAAUGCUGGUGCUACCAAGGCGUUGACACUUCUUCGGGACAAGUCCGGAGUCAUGGCGAACUCUUUCGAUGCCCAGCAGGAGCUCAAAGCCAAGCACUUCGGAGAUAUGGAAGCUGCUAUUAGCAUGGACCCGCAAAAAGUCGUAGAGGCGUUCAACUGCCAAACACACUCUCAUGAAUUUGAGGGAGCUCGGCAGCUGGGCCAUCCGGAGUUAAAAAUGAGCAUUGGCUCCAACAAGGUUCUCAACCGGCCUGCUCUUCAAUCUUUUCAAGGGACAUGGGGCAGCAUCGGAGAUCGACAACCACAGGAGCCGGGUGACGCUUUGGCCGACUGCCUGUUUGCCAUAGUUUUUGCGGAUGCGAUGUUGUCGAUCAGACAGGCCCUGGACGCCGAUGGGCUGACCUUGAGUCCUGUUGCUUGUAGGGACCCCGAAAACCCAGUCUGGGCUGACGAUUCAGUCGUUCCGAUUGCCAGCCCCCGUGCUUGCGAGUUGGUUGACAGGACAGUGGCAACAUGCAAGAUUGUUCAUUGUGAGUGUGCGCGCAGGGCUCUUCAGUUGAACUAUAAGAAAGGCAAAACAGAAGUGCUCUUGAGUUUUGCUGGGAAAGCUUCAACAAAGCACAGGCGUGAAGCCUUCAUGAAGCCAGAGCAGCUCUCCUUUCAGGCACAUGGACAGCCUUUUCAGUUGAGGCAGGCUUGCAGGUAUGUUCACCUUGGAACCAGUGUUGAAGACAAUGGUACUGCUGGGCAGGACUUGAGGCGAAAGCUUGCAAUUGCAGUUGGAGGUGUGCGUCCACUUGCCAAACCGGUCUUGCGGAGGGUUGAUGUGGCGAUCAAAGCACGUAGCAACAUUCUGAGAGUCCUUGGUGUGAAUGCGGCACAUUUCAACUGUGCGGUGUGGGGGCCUCUGACGGAAAGGGAGUUGCACAUCUGGAUUCAGGGACAUGAUACAAUGUACCGCAUGUUGAUGCCAGAUGACAGGAGUUCCGGACGGCUUGUUGAACAGGGCAUUGAUUCCGUUUGGUCGUUGCUUGAGGAAGAGGAUGGCAUUGAACCUGCAAAUGCCCAAGCAGAUGAGCUCGCAGUGUGGUUUUCGGAACACAAGCUUGGUACGGCCAUCAAACAGGCCCGUCAGAAGGGACUCCUCAGGGGCGUCCAAAAGGUUGUCUCAAACAGUAUUGGACGAAUAAGAGGCUUCGUGCGCAUCUCGGCCGUGGCGGGCCCUGCCUGGCGAUGCCAGGACCAGAAGCAGGUGCGUGCUUUGCUCAAGCCUUUGCUGAAGCUGACGAAGGUCUGGGGAGGCUCCACCUUUGUCACCAAGCUUGGGAUCUUCUUCGUGCUCAUCGUGUUCUACACCAUGGCUUCGUACUACGCCGGCCUCAUCAUGGCGCCUUUCACUGAAGUGGCGAUGGCCAACCCUUGGGUGACCGGCCUCAGCUUGGAGACCUUCAACAAGAAUUGGCUGCCCCACUACCACUCAGAGACGAACUUUGGCGUCGUGCUCAGCGUGUUCUUCCCGUGCUUCACUGGCAUCCUAAGUGGAGCGAACCGAGCCGACAUCCUCCGGGACCCACCGAAGAACAUCAAGGACGGCACCUUCGGGGCGAUCAUCUUCAGUUUCUUCAUGUACUCGUCCUUCUUCAUUCUCUGGGGCUGUGUGGCCGACUACCGCUACCUGCAGGGCAAGGAGUACUAUGCCGGAGAGCCGAGCUCGGACUACGGCGGACACCACCGUCGCCUGGCCGGUGGAUCUGCUGGAGCGCAUCUGGUGGAGGAGAUCGUGUGGAACCCUUUCCCACACUCUGCACAGAUUGGCAUCAUCAUUUCGUCACUGAGCCAGGCACUCCAGUGUCUCAUCGUGGCGCCGCGGCUGCUUCAAAACAUCGCCAGGGACAAGAUCUUGGGCGUCUUCGACCGCAUUGCCCCGCUCUCGAAGCACGGCGAGCCGGUGCGAGCCCUCUUCUGCACUUACAUCUUUGGGGCACUCCUCGUGCUCAUCGGAGAGGUGAACGCAGUCGCGCCACUGUUGACCAUGUGCUUCCUGGUGGCUUACACCUUUAUGAACUUCUCCUGCUUUGUGCUGACCUGGGUGCGCUCGCCAGGUUUCCGGCCCGCAGGCAUGUCGCGAAAGCGCUGGCGGUGUUGGUACAUGUUUACCGGCCUCCUGGGUUCCAUCGUCUGCCUCUCCAUCAUGGUCAUCGUCAGCCAGUAUUGGGCGGUCGGCGUUCUCUUUGUCAGCUUCUGUCUGUACCUCUACAUCAACUGGCGGCUUGAGCAGCGAGAACCUUUGCAGAACAGGCAGUGCACAAAGGUGUAA